UAGAUGUACUUAAGCGAAGUUAAGUAGAAAAGUUGCUUAUUAAUUUCUGGUGAUAUCAUAUGAUGUUAGCUUCGCGAAAUUAAUGGUUUCACACAGGUAUUUGACGAUUAUUUUGUGUUCGUUAAAGUAUGUCAAGACACGCCAUCUACUUAAAGUUUUAAAGUGAUCGAAAGAAGCUUCUGCUGCAAGUAAAACUUGGCCUUCGAAUAAGACACAGCAGAAAGAUAUUAAAGAACAAUUAUGAUGGCAAGCAAAGGUUGGAAGGUAGUAAAACCACAUGUGCCUUUGAUUAAAUUUCGUAAAGGUGGAAGUGGCAGAGGUACAACCACACCAUCUGUGCAUGCAGGGCCGACUAUGUCACAAAAAAGUAUUGGUGCAACAGGACCUGAUGUAGUGGUUUUACCAACAAUAGAAGAUAUUUAUCUUCCUCCACGCUAUCAAAGACGACCCAUUGAUGAAAAGGAAAUUGCAUAUAUUAAUAGAGGUGGUCCAGAAUAAAUUCCUUAAGGAAUUAUCAACUCUGUACUCAAUAUAUAGAACAUUAUCAACUUUAGGGUAUUAUUACACUUUUUCUGUAUAAACAAUUCUGUAAAUAAAUGCCAGCAAAACAAUAA